UUUCCCCACAGGGAAACAAGCGACGUCCUUAGCUCGAGUGCUGUGGUUUUGUGGAGGGGCGUUCUCCUUAUAUUGACCUGCGAACGACUACAGCAGGAAAACUACACCAUUGAUUUAACCGUUUUUUGACGCUACAUAAUGGACAACGUCGCAGUGUCAAGACGAAACCACACCAAUAAGAAAGGAAACAAGGAGAAUGCUCAGCCAGUACAUGGAAGCAAGUCCUUCAUCAACAGAGAUAAAACGUCUGCUGUGCCACUCCAACUGAAAGGCAAAGAAAAAGAGGAGACCUUGGCCAAAAAUGGUCCUCUUAAAGCCAAAAACAAACCAGCAGACACAAGGUCAACGUCUGGUGAGGCUCUACAAAAGGCAAAGCCCGUGCAGAAAAGUGGGAAAGGAAUUGCUGCAUCUGAUGUCAAACAACGGCAAACAUAUAGCCGGGCCUUCCUCACAGAACAGGCUGUGAGACACAAAAAAAUAGCUGCAGAAGCUCCAAAGCCACCAGCUGCCGUGCAGACAUCCAAAUCUGCCCCUGGCAUGUACAAAGGCAAGAUUGUCCAGUCAAAAAUUGGAUCCAUUUGGAAGUCAAGUUCGAGCUUGGACAAGGCAGAUCCCAAACUAUCAGCACCCCAGACUGAGAGCCAAAGGGUUGGAAAUGUGUCAAAAAGCAGGUCCAAAUCUGUUGCUGACCUGCCUGGUCAUGGCACACAAAAACCUGCACCAACAAGGUCUAAGUCAGUGGUCGAUAGACCUGCUCAGGUGUCCAAGCCUGCUGUUAUCAACCGCCCACCUGCUGGCUUCUACUCAGCUCGCCCUCCUGCCAGAACCGUCCCAGCAACACUAACCAGUACCAGCUCCAGAAACACAACUGUGGCUCCCACCAAGGGAAGUGGGACUCAGAACUCAAAGCCAAAGCUUCCAGUGACAGACAAGAAGGUCAACAAGCCUCCUGUCUCAAGCACUCUCAGCCAGUACAGAUUUACCAUGGAGACUGCUGAGGAAAGAAGAGCAAAGCUGGCUGAGUGGCUGGCUUCCAAGGGCAAGACUUUCAAGAGACCAGCCAUGACAACAGCAGCACCCCCAAAAACCAAAGUCUCCAAACCUGAAGCUGUUCUCAAAACACAGCCUCAUGUUGAGCCCGAGGCUGAUGCACAGCCCAGGCCUGAACCCCAACCCAGUCUGGAAGCACAUAAGCCAGACUCUGCUGUUGCUGACAGUGCAGAUCUACAGGGAGCAGAUUUAACAACACACAACCAAACUCCAGUGAUUAUGAACACCACCCUGGAGCUGCUUGAAAACUCUGAUGCAGAUCAGCUCAUUGACCCACAGGACACAGUGGAUGAUAUUGUUGUGAACCUGUGUGAUGCUUUGGAGGCCAUGGCGACGCCCUCCAAAUGCAGCGAUGAACUCUCACAGGUGCCAGAUAAGUGUAAUAAAGUUGAAACGGAGGAUGGCAAAGAAGAGGGUGAAUGUAAAGAGGAGGAGGCAAUGAAUGAAAUUCCUCCCUGCGAGCAGCCCAAAGUUGAGCAGGUGAAGAAUGAAGCAGAAGAAAGUGAUGAACACAAAGUGGAGACAGAUGAUGAUGAGGAAGUAGAAAGUGAUGAUGAUGAUGAAGAUGUGGUGGAGACCACGCCACAGAUGGAGGAUGCUUCAGUAGUAAAAUACAGCGUGAAGACGACGCCAUACCUGCAAAGUGUCAGGAAGACAAUUGAAGGUGAGACCAGUGCAAGUACAUCCAGGAGAAAGAGUAACAUCAAAGAUCUGAAGUUUCUGACACCAGUGCGCCGUUCCAGCCGCAUCCAACGCAAAUCCUCCCGGCUGCCGACGAUGCUGGUCGAUCACGAUCCCUGUGUGUCGUCACUGGCUGAGCUGGUGAAGCUGGAUGACGAUGCCAAUGCCUACAUUUACAGAAAAAACCCUGCACUUCUGGAAGAUCUGCCAGAUGAGUCCAGACUGUGAAGAGCUCCCUUUAUCUGUGUUGGUUUAGAAAACUUAAAAAAAACAACACACCCUUCAGAAUUAUAUGGGGUAAAAUGGACACUUUAUACUGAUAUCAGGAUGGUUUUCCUAAGCUGCAUCUGCUCAACGUAUUUUAGCUAUCAUUUAAAUCAUUAUUGUAUUAUGGGGAGAACUUAUAAUUCUUGUCAAACUAUUUUCUGUUCUGAAUGUAUUAUAUAAACAUUCCCCUAACACUUUUUAUUUUAAUGUAAAGUUGACUUGUAUUGCCAAAUGCACUACAAUAAAAGAGUACUGCCUUA